UUGACCAGCCGCACAGGUACACACACAUCAUGGCGGUGACCGUGGAUAGUGGAAAUGCCCCUGUGUCGGACACCCAAUCCUCAACCUCGGCUGAUCCGCGCUAUGAAGGUUCAACAUUUCAGUACAGCAUGCUCCUGGAGCACCUCAUCGGAGAGAAGAGGCCGAUUAAAGAUCUGAAUCCGACCGUUAUGGGUGGUCUUCCCAAUCCCAUGAAAACCGACGACCAGAAGAUGAUCGAACGGGGAAUGGAGAGCUGUGCCUUCAAGGCGGUGUUGGCAUGUGUUGGAGGGUUUGUUCUUGGGGGAGCGUUUGGUGUGUUCACGGCUGGCAUAGACACCAAUGUGGGAUUUGACCCCAAAGACCCCAUGAGAACACCUACGGCCAGAGAGGUCCUCAAAGACAUGGGCCAGAGGGGAAUGUCCUACGCCAAAAACUUUGCCGUCAUUGGAGCAAUGUUCUCCUGCACGGAGUGCAUCAUUGAAUCGCACAGGGGAAAGUCUGACUGGAAGAAUGCAGUCUAUAGUGGUUGUGUUACUGGGGGAGCAAUAGGAUUUCGUGCUGGGGCGAAGGCUGGAGUGCUGGGAUGUGGAGGUUUCGCUGCCUUCUCUGCUGCCAUUGAGUACUAUCUCCGGUGAAAACUAGGGGACCUUCAUUACCUCUGUGGACUAUAGUUGAGAGGUAACUGGCCCUCUGGACCAGAAACAGACUUUAUACCUCAUGGAAAGAAACACAUCCCUGCAGAUGGAACAUCUGAGGAUUAUCUACACUUGGACAAUUCCAUGCUGGUCUUCAUUACCUUUUGUUGACUGUAUCCUGUGCACAGUGAUGUCAUACUGGGUGGGCCAGUCCAGAAUUGUGUUCCACUGGGUAUGCUGGCUUUUCCUUUAUCUAAUAAGUUAAACUUCUAAUCAUCAGUGUCAGUCCAUAUAUUUUGGUUUUAGAUGAGCUGGCUAUUCUCUCCUUUAGUUGUGGGUAAAAUACAGCCUGGUGACAUUUAAGUUUGAGUCCAGGUCAAUGGGCGCGUUUUGAGUGGUAAGGCUAAAGCAUCCAACUGUAGACGAAAGGUACAUCAGCGACAGCCGGAAUCUAAAUGUACCCUUGUUUAUAAAAGGUUUUCUUUCUCAAAAUAAACGUCUCCAUUCUCCAACACCCAUAUUACACACUCACAAACUGAAAUGGUGUGUACAUUAUACAAUCAAUUAGUGAGAAACUCAUCACAUUUAUUUGUAUAUAUUUACUGUACACAUGAAUUGCGGAGAAUUCGUUUCUGUUUCGUCACGUUCGCGUGGGCCAAACAAAAACCUACAAUGUAGGUGAUGGCUGCAGAAACCUAUACUGAAAAGUUCAUAAGUCGACAUGUAGGCGAGUCGGACAAUUUCUAAGCUCCAGAACGCAACACACUGAAAGGCGAUGACUUGACAAAAGUUAGCCGCUCGAAUGCACCCAAUUGUUUUGACAUUAUCUGACUCAAACAGCCUUACUGUAAAAGCAACAUGUGGUGACUGACAUUGUUUGUAAAUGUUUACAGAAUCCAUCCAAUUUAUAGUUAACUGAAACUUAAGUCACCAAGCAGCAAAGUAGCCAUUGAUUCUCAAAGUCACUGGUGUAAAUUGUUUAUUUAAAGUCAUUGAGAAAUGCAUUACUAGACUGGAUGUGCCCACCCAGAUAAGAUGUUUAAAAUUCAUUAAUUGUGAAUAAUAUAAACUAUGCUGAAUGAACUCUGAGAGUUUGGUGGGUGUCUGAGAAUUUAAUUGCAGGACUGGUUAUCAAUAAAAACACAAACCACUGCUAAUUGC